UGUGUGUGUUGAGGAGGGGGCAGCUCCUCCCAUAACUAAGUUAGCGUGCUGCGCUGGAGGUCCAUGUUUACAGGGCAGGCGAGGGAGUUUCCUUCACUCAGUGGACGGCUCUGAGAGCGGAGAAGGCAGCAGCAAGCUCUCUCACUCUUUUCUCUCUGGUUAUUUGUGCAAUUCAUCCCUCACUGUGCUGCGACUGGCGACCUGCACACACAGGCUGAUCCAGGACUAGCUGGGGGGGGGGGGGCGGGAGCGGCGACAUCAGCAGCAGCAGCAGCAGCAGCACCUGCUUAAUCCUCCACAACCACCACCCUCCCUCUCUGCCCGGCCCAGGACCUCAUCUUUGCUGCCGCCGCCUCCACCACCACUGCCAUCAUGUGCGACUGUUUCCACCUGGCCUUCCCCAACUGGCACGCCGCCUCAGGGACGGGAGCUGGUCGGAGGCUGAGAGCACCAGAGCCUGGUACAGAGGACGACUCAAUAUGUGACGAGCCAUCUCAGUUCACAGAGGGAGAGAGGCCGCGCCCUCAAGGAUCAUCCCCCGUCGAGGAGUAUCCUGAAACCGAAAAAUACACAGACAGUGACAAAGAGUGUGAAGCGGAGCAUGACCCACACUACAAAAGUGGGAGUGGAAAGAAAACUAAAAAGUCUGGGCUUGGGUCCAUGUUUGAAAAGCGCUCAACUCCAAAGAUGAGUAAACUAAAGGAAGUUCAUAGCCCUGAGUCUGGGUUGAUAGUGAAAACAGCCAAAGAUGGAUGUUCAGAAGGUCUCGUUUAUGGUGGAGGUGGGAAAGAGGGGAUCUUCAUUAAGGAGGUGGUACCAGAGUCACCUGCCUCAAAAAGUCUGAAACUGAAGGAAGGUGAUCAGAUUCUGAGUGCCACGGUGUAUUUUGACAAUGUGUCAUAUGAGGAUGCCAUUCAAAUUCUGGAGCACGCUCAGGCUUACAAAGUGAAGCUCUGCUUGAAACGCAAACCGGACAUUAUAGAGACUGAACCAGCCAUCGAAUCUGAUGUCAUCCCUGAGGAUGAUCUCUACGCUCCAGAGAUGAGGGAGCAAGGAAAAACUAAAAGGCGUGGUGAUGCCCGCAUUUCAUGGCCUAAGUUUCCCUCCUUUGGAAAAGGACGGAAGUCCCGCUUCGCAAGGUCUCACAGUUCCUCAGAGGCUGAUGAGCAGAGAAAGCUUGAGCUUAGUCCCACCACAAGUGACACAGAGUCACCUAUAAAAUCACAGGAUGCUCUCAAAGGCAAGAAGCAAAAAAUAAAACAAUCUGUUUUUAAAAGGAGAGGCCGCAUAAGUUCAUCUGAAGACCAGGACACAGAUGUAAGUGGGCAGAUCAGUGGCAAUAUUCUCCAGACACACGAAGCAUCAGACAUGCUAUCACCGGAGUGCCUUCAAAGUCCUUCGGGAGAAACACCUGAAGUCUAUGUGACAGAGGAUCCAAAAAUAGUGGACGAUUUAAUGCUUGAGCAAAAUGAUCAAAAACUGACUGAAACUGUUCAACAUAAGGCGGAACUCAUCACUAUAGGUAGCACUUUGAAAACAGAAGAUCUAACUGUGGCUCUGGCAGAUGAAAAAAGCCCCUCUGGUCUCAAGUCCCCUGACGGGAAGAAAAAGAAGAAAGAACGAUCUGAAUUCAAAAUGAAAAUUUUGGGGAAGGAUAAAUUGCACAAGAAAGAUGCAAAAGCAAAAUCCUCACCAAAAAGGCUGAAAACGCUGGGGGCAAGUAUGGAAAUUGCAGAUCAACCUGAAAAUGAAAAAUCAGAUGUACAGGGAGGUCAACUAGCACUCGAUGCCAAUACGCAAAUAAUCAGCAGUGAAAGUUCAAGGGUAAUCUCAGCCAAAUCAGUGAUGGAAAUGAGCAUACCAAAGGUGGAACUUGAUAUAUCUGAUGUUGCAUUAAUAGAAAAAUCUCCACAGAAAGGUGAAGAAAAAACAAAGAAAGGCAAGGAUAUUAAACAAAAACAAGAAACAAAGACAAGUCCAGCAUUCAAACUGCCUAAAAUAGGUUUUAGUGACAUUGCCACUGAGGAGACUAUUCAAAAAAUUAAUUUAAAUGUUGAAGAACGCCAAGCUAAAAUUGAGCAGCUUACAACUCAGGGUUCAGAAGUGAAAGAAGAUCCUUAUGAGCGACUGUCAAAACGCAGUCUUUCCAGAACAAAACUUCCAAAACGUGAAGACAUUGAGAUUCCAGGUAUGGAGGAUAUGUCUAUGAGGACCACAGCCAAGAUAAUUAAAGAUCCUAAAGCUGUUUCUACUGGACAUUAUGAACAAAUUCAAGCUGAAACUGUACAAAUGUCAAUUGAUGUUGACAGCGUGAAAGAGGCAGUUUCAAAAUUGCCUGGAUUUAAGCUGCCUAAGGUUGACACAUCUGGCGUACCGAUUCCUGAAGAAAUUACUGUGAUAGAUGCAAAUGCACAAAGAAUAUCUGUGAAAACACCUACUAAAGUCUUAGAUACCAAAACAAAACAUGAGGCACACUUCCCCAAGUUUGACAUUACUGCCUCUCCAGAAAUCUCCAAGACUACAGUCAAACUACCAAAGAUCACACCUGCUGAUUUAACCUCAGAGGCACUUUUAAUUGAGACCAAGGUAGAUUUAAAAACACCUGAAAAGAAGUACAAAACCAAGGCAAAACAAAGCGACAAGAUAAAAACUGAGGUUUAUAAACGAGAACAUAUUAUAAUACCAGGAAAAGAAAGUGCACAAGAAGCUGCUAUUCUUCAGCGAAAAGAAAUGAAAACAUCAGUAACUGAAACAUUGAAAGGCAAGGGACAGACUGAAGGAGUCAUAGCUGAUGUCAAAAUACCUGAAAUUGACAGCAUUGAAUAUAUUGAUUCAGUAGGUGGUUCACCAGCCAAAAACGAUGGUGGCAUUAGGCUUACAAGUUUUGGUGUUAAUCUUGAUGCUGCAAAGCCACAGGCUGACAUCUCCUUUCCAGAGAUCAGAGGUGAAGUAAAACAUGUUGAAGCCAAGAAGCAAACAUUCAAACUGCCCAAACUUGAAGCUCUUACUGCAGGCAACAGAGUAAAUGUGCUUGAGGCAGAUAUGGAUAUAAACAUUGAUGUGGCAGAGAUAAAAACACUUGAAAGAGAGGGAAAAGGUAGCAAGUUUAAAAUGCCAAAUCUGGGCAUUUCCAUGCCAAAGGUGAAAGGACAUGUCACACAACCAGAAGCUAAAGCUGAGGUCAGACUCCCAGAAGUUCCUGAGGUUGAAAUUGGAAAUGUUUCUGUUCCAGAGCAAAAGUUGGCAGAUGAAAGACAUGAAUUGGAAGUCAAACCUCUGCAGACUGAGCAUGAACUUGAUGGACAAGAAAGCAAGUUAAAAAUGCCAAAGUUGGGAAUCGCAAUGCCAAAAGUAAAAGGGCCUGAAGUUGAUUUGAGCUUUUCAAAGAAAGAUGGAGAUGUAGCAGAGGCUAAAGCUUAUACCCAAAUCCCAGAAGACUCAAACAUUUCUUUUGAUAUGAAACAACCAGAAAGUGGAGCACAAAUAGAUGUGCAAGGAAGCAAAUUUAAAAUGCCAAAGUUUGGAAUGACAAUGCCAAAGGUAACAGGUCCUGAAAUUGAAAAAAUCAGCUUAUCUAAGAAAGACAAAGAUGUGACACUACCAGAAGCCAAAGCUGAAGUAAAAUUUCCUCAAGAGGUUCUUGCAGUUGAUAUUAGAGCACCCAGCGCUGACACUGAAGAACCGUUGAUGGAUAUGAAAACUACAGGAACUGAACAUGAGGGGAAAGGAAGCAAGUUUAAAAUGCCACAUCUUGGGUUCUCCAUGCCUAAAGUCAAAGGGCCUCAAAUUGAUAUAAGUGUGUCAAAGAAAGAUGCAGAUGUCACACUGCCAGAAUCCAAUACUGAGGUCAAACUCCCAGAAGCUCCUGAAGUUAAUGUCAGUCUUGCAAAAGCAGAUGUUUCUCUUCCAGAGGACAAAGUGGAAGUUAAAAAGCCUGAAAUAGACAUAAAACCUCUACACACUGAAGUUGAACUUGAGCAAGGAAGCAAAUUUAAAAUGCCAAAGUUUGGAAUGACAAUGCCAAAGGUAACAGGUCCUGAAAUUGACUUCAGCUUAUCUAAGAAAGACAAAGAUGUGACACUACCAGAAGCCAAAACUGAAGUCAAACUCCCUGACGUUAAACUGAAAGAACCUUCUGCUCAUGUGGAAAUUAAAGCUCCUGAGAUCAAGGUUGCGACAGAGGACACAGAAGGAUCACCAUCAAAAUUUAAGAUGCCGACAUUCAAAUUACCAAAAUUUGGAGUUGGUACUCCAAGUUCCAGCAUAGAAAUGCCCGAUACAGACAAAGACGUCAAAAUCGAUGGAGUUGAUAUCAAAUUUCCUGAAGAGGUUCUUGCAGUUGAUAUUAGAGCACCCAGCGUUGACACUGAAGAACCUUUAAUAGAUAUGAAAACUACAGGAACUGAACAUGAGGGGAAAGGAAGCAAGUUUAAAAUGCCACAUCUUGGGUUCUCCAUGCCUAAAGUCAAAGGGCCUCAAAUUGAUAUAAGUGUGUCAAAGAAAGAUGCAGAUGUCACACUGCCAGAAUCCAAUACUGAGGUCAAACUCCCAGAAGCUCCUGAAGUUAAUGUCAGUCUUGCAAAAGCAGAUGUUUCUCUUCCAGAGGACAAAGUGGAAGUUAAAAAGCCUGAAAUAGACAUAAAACCUCUACACACUGAAGUUGAACUUGAGCAAGGAAGCAAAUUUAAAAUGCCGAAGUUAGGAAUGUCAAUGCCAAAAGUAAAAGGACCUGACAUUAAUUUUGGCUUAUCAAAGAAAGAUGGAGAUGGCACACUCCCAGAAGCCAAAGCUGAAGGAAAAGUCCCUGAAGUUGAAUUAAAAGAACCCUCUGUGGUGGAAAUUAAAGCUGGUGAAACAAAAGUUGCAGCAAAAGGUAGAGAAGCAUCACCAUCAAAAUUCAAGAUGCCGACAUUCAAAGUACCAAAAUUUGGAGUUGGUACUCCAAAUGUUUCUGUAGAAGUUCCUGAUUUGGACAAAGAUGUCAAAAUUGAUGGAACUGACGGUUCUGUGGUUAACAUUGCAGCACCUAGCAUUGACAUUGAGGGCCCCUUGAUAGAUAUGAAAACUACAGAAACUGAACAGGACGGAAGAGGAAGCAAGUUUAAAAUGCCACAUCUUGGUUUCUCUAUGUCAAAGGUGAAAGGACCUAAAAUUGAUUUAGGCCUAUCAAAGAAAGACGUGGAUGUCACAUUACCAGAGGCUAAAGCUGAUGUAAAACUUCCAGAAGUCGAUUUUGGAAAAGCAGAUGUUUCAAUUCCAGAGGCUGAGAUGGAGAUUAAAAAACCUGAACUGGAAAUGCAGUCCUUUCAGACUAAAGGUGAACUUGAUGGACAAGGAGAAAAGUUCAAAGUGCCAAAGUUUGGAAUCAAAAUGCCCAAAGUAAAAGGGCCAGAAAUUGACUUGAGCUUAUCAAAGAAAAAUGAUGAUGUCACACUGCCACAGACAAAAGUUGAGGUCAGACUCCCAGAUGCCCCUAAAAUUGAUGUCAGUCUUGGAAAAGCAAAAGUUAUGAUUCCAGAGGAAAAGGCCAAAGUUAAAAAACCUGAGCUGGCAACGAAACCUUUGCAGAGUGACGUUGAACUUGAAGGACAAGGAGGCAAGUUCACAAUGCCAAAGUUUGGAAUCAAAAUGCCAAAAGUACAAGGGCCUGAAAUUGAUUUAAGCUUAUCAAAGAAAGAUGUAGAUGUCACAUUGCCAGAAUCUAAGGCUGAGGUUAAACUCCCAGAAGCCCCUGACAGUGACUUUAAUCUUGGAAAAGUAGAUAUUUCAGUUCCAGAAGCAAAGAUGGAGGUUAAAAAACAUGAGCUGGAAAUGAAAUCCCAGCAGUUUGAAGGUGAACUUGACGGGCAAGGAAGCAAGUUCAAAAUUCCAAAGUUUGGAAUAUCAAUGCCAAAACUAAAAGGACCUGAAAUUGAUUUGAGCUUAUCAAAGACAGAUGUAGACGUAAGACUACCAGAAGUCAAAGCAAAGGUCAAUAUCCCUGAUGUUGAACUAAAAGAACCUUCUGCUAAAGUGGAAAUAAAAGCUCCUGAAAUUGAUGCUCAAUUAAGUAAUGUGAAAGAAUCACCAUCAAAAUAUAAAUUGCCAACAUUCAAAUUUCCCAAAUUUGGACUUGCAACUCCAAUUGUCAGUGCUGAAGUACCUGUUACAGACAAGGAAAUCAAACUUGAUGGAGCUGACAUGCACAUAUCUAUGCCACACACAGAUGUUGAUGUACCAGAAGUUACAGCAGAAGUCCAUCUCCCAGAGGUUAAAGUCAAAGAGCCUUCAGGGGGUGUUGGUAUAGAGCGACAGCCAGGGGUUGAGGUAGACGCAAAACUGAAAAAGCCAAGGUUUUCAAUGCCCAAAUUUUCUUUUUCAAAACCAAGUGUUCAGGCCCCAGGAGUUGAUGUCAGUCUUAAGGAUGUGAAUGUUGCGGUUUCAGAGGGAAAUAUUGACGUGAAAGGAGAGGCAGUGGAUAUGAAAGCACCAGAGUGUGAAGCAGAAAUUGAUGGUCAAGGAAGCAAAUUUAAAACGCCAAAGUUUGGAAUCACAAUGCCAAAAGUAAAAGGGCCUGAAUUUGAUUUAAACUUCUCAAAAAAAGAUGGAGAUGUGACACUUCCUGAUGUUAAAGCGGAGGCUGAACUCCCACAAACUCCUAAAAUUGCGGUGGAUAUGAAACCACCAGAGUGUGAAACAGAAAUUGAUGCACAGGGAAGAAAGUUUAAAAUGACAAAGUUUGGAAUCACAAGGCCUGAAUUUGAUUUAAGUUUAUCAAAGAAAGAUGCAGAUGUGACAUUACCAGAAGCCAAAGCUAAAGUCAAACUCCCUGACACUGACCUGAAAGAACCUUCUGCUCAAGUGGAAAUUAAAGCUCCUGAUAUCAAGAUUGAAGGAAAGGACACAGAAGGAUCACCAUCAAAAUUUAAGAUGCCGACAUUCAAAUUACCAAAAUUUGGAAUUGGUACUCCAAGUGCCACCAUAGAAGUGCCUGAUACAAACAGUGACGUCAAAAUCGAUGGAGCUGAUAUUAAAAUUCCUGAAGAGAUUCUUACAGUUGACAUUGCAGCACCCAGCAUUGACACUGAAGGCCCUUCAAUACAUAUGAAAACUACAGGAACUGAACAUGAAGGAAAGGGAAGCAAGUUCAAAAUGCCAAAGUUUGGAAUGACAAUGCCAAAGGUAACAGGUCCUGAAAUUGAUUUGAGUUUAUCAAAGAAAGAUGAGGAUCUGACACUACCGAAAGCCAAAGCUGAAGUCAAACUCCCCGACGUUGAAAUGAAAGAACGUUCUGCUGAGGUGGAAAUUAAAGCUCCGGAGAUUAAGGUUGCUACAAAGGAUACAGAAGGAUCACCAUCAAAAUUUAAGAUGCCCACAUUCAAAUUACCAAAAUUUGGAAUUGGUACUCCAAGUGCCACAACAGAAGCUGAUAUUAAAAUUCCUGAAGAGGUUCUUGCAGUUGACAUUACAGCGCCCAGCAUUGGCACUGAAGGCCCAUCAAUAGAGAUGAAAACUACAGGAACUCCACAAGAAGGAAAAGGAAGCAAGUUUAAAAUGCCAAGUCUCGGUUUUUCUGUGCCUCAAGUUAAAGGGCCUGAUUUUGAUUUAAGCGUAUCAAAGAAAGAUGUUGAUGUGACACUACCAGAAGCCAAAGCAAAAGGAAAACUCCCUGACAUUAAACUGAAAGAACCUUCUGCUCAUGUGGAAAUUAAAGCUCCUGAGAUUGAAGCUCAAACAGAUAAUUUUGAAGGAUCACCGUCAAAAAUUAAAAUGCCAACAUUCAAAUUACCCAAAUUAGGAGCUACUACCCCAAAGGUCAGUGUGGAAGUACCGGAUGUGGACAAAGACAUUAAUAUUGAUGGAGCAAAGCUGGAAGUACCUAAAGUGGGAGCUACAGUUGAUGUCACGGCACCCAGCAUUGAUACUAAAGGUCUAUCUGUAGAUGUGAAAGUUAAAGGAAGUGAACUUGAAGGAUCAGGAAGCAAAUUUAAAAUGCCAAAGUUUGGCAUCUCAAUGCCAAAAGUAAAAGGUCCUGAAAUCAAUUUGAGCUUAUCACAGAAAGAUGUAGAUGUCACACUCCCAGAAGCCAAAGCUGAAGUUCAACUUCCAGAUGUUGAAGUCAAAGAACCUGAAGGUGCCAUUUCAGUACCAGAUGCACCUACAGUUGACGCUGAAGCUAAGAUGAAACGACCAAACUGGACAUUUCCUAAAUUUUCAUUUUCAAGGACAGGUGGUAAAGCCCCUGAAGUUGAUGUCAACCUUGAAACUCCAACAGUUGAUGUUACAUCACCAGAGGCCAAAGCAGAAGUCUGUCUACCAGACGUUGAAGUCCAAGGACCUUCAGGGGCUAUUUCAAUGGAAGAGCCACCUGCUGCAGAGCUUGAUGCAAACUUGAAAAAAACUAGAUUCUCCCUACCCAGAAUUUCUUUCUCAAAGUCAGGUGUUAAAGAACCUGAUGUCAGUGCUAAGCUCCCACAUGUUGAUGUUUCUCUUCCAGAAGUAAAUGUGGAAGUCAAAAGACCCGAAGUGGAGCUCAAGCCACUAGAAGGUGAUGCAGAAUUAGAAGGGCAGGAAAGCAAAUUUAAAAUGCCAAAGUUUGGCAUCUCAAUGCCAAAAGUAAAAGGACCUGAACUCGAUUUGAGCUUAUCAAAGAAAGAUGUAGAUGUCACACUCCCAGAAGCCAAAGCUGAAGUUCAACUUCCAGAUGUUAAAUUGAAACAAGCGUCUGCUAAAGUAGAAAUUAAAGCUCCUGAGAUUGAAGCUCAAACAGAUAAUGUUGAAGGAUCCCCAUCAAAAUUUAAGAUGCCGACAUUCAAAUUACCAAAAUUUGGAGGUGGUACACCAAGUGCCACCGCAGAAGUGCACAAAGAUGUCAAAAUCAAUGGAGCUGAUAUUAAAAUUCCUGAAGAGGUUCUUGCAGUUGACAUUACAGCGCCCAGCAUUGACACUGAAGGCCCUUCAAUACAUAUGAAAACUACAGGAACUGAACAUGAAGGAAAAGGAAGCAAGUUUAAAAUGCCAAAGUUUGGAAUGACAAUGCCAAAGGUAACAGGUCCUGAAAUUGAUUUGAGUUUAUCAAAGAAAGAUGUAGAUCUGACACUACCGGAAGCCAAAGCUGAAGUCAAACUCCCUGACGUUGAAAUGAAAGAACAUUCUGCUGAGGUGGAAAUUAAAGCUCCGGAGAUUAAGGUUGCUACAAAGGAUACAGAAGGAUCACCAUCAAAAUUUAAGAUGCCCACAUUCAAAUUACCAAAAUUUGGAAUUGGUACUCCAAGUGCCACAGCAGAAGUGCACAAAGAUGUCAAAAUUGACGGAGCUGAUAUUAAAAUUCCUGAAGAGGUUCUUGCAGUUGACAUUACAGCGCCCAGCAUUGGCACUGAAGGCCCAUCAAUAGAGAUGAAAACUACAGGAACUCCACAAGAAGGAAAAGGAAGCAAGUUUAAAAUGCCAAGUCUCGGUUUUUCUGUGCCUCAAGUUAAAGGGCCUGAUUUUGAUUUAAGCGUAUCAAAGAAAGAUGUUGAUGUGACACUACCAGAGGCCAAAGCAAAAGGAAAACUCCCAGACGUUAAACUGAAAGAACCUUCUGCUCAUGUGGAAAUUAAAGCUCCUGAUAUGAAGGUUGCAACAGAGGACACAGAAGGAUCACCAUCAAAAUUUAAGAUGCCGACAUUCAAAUUACCAAAAUUUGGAGUUAGUACUCCAAGUGCCACCAUGGAGGUGCCCAAUGAAGACAAAGACGUCAAAAUCGAUGGAGCUGAUAUUAAAAUUCCUGAAGAGGUUCUUGCAGUUGACAUUACAGCACCCAGCAUUGACACUGAAGGCCCAUCAAUACAUAUGAAAACUUCGGGAACUGAACAUGAAGGAAAAGGAAGCAAGUUCAAAAUGCCAAAGUUUGGAAUGACAAUGCCAAAGGUAACAGGUCCUGAAAUUGAUUUGAGUUUAUCAAAGAAAGAUGUAGAUCUGACACUACCGAAAGCCAAAGCUGAAGUCAAACUACCUGACGUUGAAAUGAAAGAACAUUCUGCUGAGGUGGAAAUUAAAGCUCCGGAGAUUAAGGUUGCUACAAAGGAUACAGAAGGAUCACCAUCAAAAUUUAAGAUGCCCACAUUCAAAUUACCAAAAUUUGGAAUUGGUACUCCAAGUGCCACAGCAGGAGCUGAUAUUAAAAUUCCUGAAGAGGUUCUUGCAGUUGACAUUACAGCGCCCAGCAUUGGCACUGAAGGCCCAUCAAUAGAGAUGAAAACUACAGGAACUCCACAAGAAGGAAAAGGAAGCAAGUUUAAAAUGCCAAGUCUCGGUUUUUCUGUGCCUCAAGUUAAAGGGCCUGAUUUUGAUUUAAGCGUAUCAAAGAAAGAUGUUGAUGUGACACUACCAGAAGCCAAAGCAAAAGGAAAACUCCCUGACAUUAAACUGAAAGAACCUUCUGCUCAUGUGGAAAUUAAAGCUCCUGAGAUUGAAGCUCAAACAGAUAAUUUUGAAGGAUCACCGUCAAAAAUUAAAAUGCCAAAAUUCACAUUACCCAAAUUAGGAGCUACUACACCAAAGGUUAGUGUGGAAGUACCGGAUGUGGACAAAGACAUUAAUAUUGAUGGAGCAAAGCUGGAAGUACCUAAAGAGGGAGCUACAGUUGAUGUCACGGCACCCAGCAUUGAUACUAAAGGUCUAUCUGUAGAUGUGAAAGUUAAAGGAAGUGAACUUGAAGGAUCAGGAAGCAAAUUUAAAAUGCCAAAGUUUGGCAUCUCAAUGCCAAAAGUAAAAGGUCCUGAAAUCGAUUUGAGCUUAUCACAGAAAGAUGUAGAUGUCACACUCCCAGAAGCCAAAGCUGAAGUUCAACUUCCAGAUGUUGAAGUCAAAGAACCUGAAGGUGCCAUUUCAGUACCAGAUGCACCUACAGUUGACGCUGAAGCUAAGAUGAAACGACCAAACUGGACAUUUCCUAAAUUUUCAUUUUCAAGGACAGGUGGUAAAGCCCCUGAAGUUGAUGUCAACCUUGAAACUCCAACAGUUGAUGUUACAUCACCAGAGGCCAAAGCAGAAGUCUGUCUACCAGACGUUGAAGUUCAAGGACCUUCAGGGGCUAUUUCAGUGGAAGAGCCACCUGCUGCAGAACUUGAUGCAAACUUGAAAAAAACUAGAUUCUCCCUACCCAGAAUUUCUUUCUCAAAGUCAAGUGUUAAAGAACCUGAAGUCAGUGCUAAGCUCCCACAUGUUGAUGUUUCUCUUCCAGAAGUAAAUGUGGAAGUCAAAAGACCCGAAGUGGAGCUCAAGCCACUAGAAGGUGAUGCAGAAUUAGAAGGAUCAGGAAGCAAAUUUAAAAUGCCAAAGUUUGGCAUCUCAAUGCCAAAAGUAAAAGGACCUGAAAUCGAUUUGAGCUUAUCACAGAAAGAUGUAGAUGUCACACUCCCAGAAGCCAAAGCUGAAGUUCAAAUUCCAGAUGUUAAAUUGAAACAAGCGUCUGCUAAAGUAGAAAUUAAAGCUCCUGAGAUUGAAGCUCAAACAGAUAAUGUUGAAGGAUCCCCAUCAAAAUUCAAAAUGCCAACAUUCAAAUUACCAAAAUUUGGAGGUAGUACUCCAAAGGUCACUGUGGAAGUACCUGAUGUGGACAAAGACAUUAAAAUUGAUGAAGCAAAGCUGGAAGUAUGUAAAGAAGGAGCUACAGUGGAUGUUACAGCACCCAGCAUUGACACUGAAGGCCUAUCCGUAGAUGUGAAAGUUAAAGGAAGUGGACUUGAAGGAUCAGGAAGCAAAUUUAAAAUGCCAAAGUUUGGCAUUUCAAUGCCAAAAGUAAAAGGACCUGAAAUCGAUUUGAGCUUAUCACAGAAAGAUGUAGAUGUCACACUCCCAGAAGCCAAAGCUGAAGUUCAACUUCCAGAUGUUAAAUUGAAACAAGCGUCUGCUAAAGUAGAAAUUAAAGCUCCUGAGAUUGAAGCUCAAACAGAUAAUGUUGAAGGAUCACCGUCAAAACUUAAAAUGCCAACAUUCACAUUACCCAAAUUAGGAGCCGCUACUCCAAAGGUCAGUGUGGAAGUACCUGAUGUGGACAAAGACACUGGAAUUGAUGUAGCAAAGCUGGGCAUAACUAAAGAAGGAGCUACAGUGGAUGUCACAGCACCCAGCAUUGACAAUGAAGGCCUAUCUGUAGAUGUAAAAGCUACAGCGAUAAAACUUGAAGGAUCAGGAAGCAAAUUUAAAAUGCCAAAGUUUGGCAUCUCAAUGCCAAAAGUAAAAGGUCCUGAAAUCAAUUUGAGCUUAUCACAGAAAGAUGUAGAUGUCACACUCCCAGAAGCCAAAGCUGAAGUUCAACUUCCAGAUGUUGAAGUCAAAGAACCUGAAGGUGCCAUUUCAGUACCAGAUGCACCUACAGUUGACGCUGAAGCUAAGAUGAAACGACCAAACUGGACAUUUCCUAAAUUUUCAUUUUCAAGGACAGGUGGUAAAGCCCCUGAAGUUGAUGUCAACCUUGAAACUCCAACAGUUGAUGUUACAUCACCAGAGGCCAAAGCAGAAGUCUGUCUACCAGAUGUUGAAGUCCAAGGACCUUCAGUGGCUAUUUCAAUGGAAGAGCCACCUGCUGCAGAACUUGAUGCAAACUUGAAAAAAACUAGAUUCUCCCUGCCCAGAAUUUCUUUCUCAAAGUCAAGUGUUAAAGAACCUGAAGUCGGUGCUAAGCUCCCACAUGUUGAUGUUUCUCUUCCAGAGGGAGAAGUGAAAGUCAAACAACCUGAAAUGGCAAUUGAAGCACCUCAGCUUGAAGCUGAUGGACAUGAUGGACAAGGAAGCAAGUUCAAAUUGUCAAAGUUCGGAAUUGCAAAAGCAAAAGCAAAAGGACGGGAAGAAGAUUUAAAUGCAUCAGAGAAAGAUGUAGACUUCACACUGCCAAAACUUAAAGCAGAUGUAAAACUCCCUGAAACUGAAUCUUCAGCUAGUGUUGAAAUUAAAGCUACUAAGACUGAAUCUAAGUCAAAAGAUGUUGGAGGAUCGCCAUUAAAAUCUAAAAUGCCAAUAGUGAAAAUGCCGAAAUUUGGCGGUGCUACCUAUGAUGUCACCGUAGAAGCACCUGAUGCAGACAAAGUAGUUGAAACUAAUAAAGCUAAAGAUAAGGAGGAUGUUACUGUUAACAUCAAAGGUCUAGAUGUUGAUAUUAAAACAGACGUGUGCAAAGCAGCAAUAACAGAUUCUGAAACAAAGCCUGAGACUGACAGUGUGGGUCUCGGCUCUCCAAGUAAAUUCAAACUACCAUCAUUUAAAAUGCCAAAGCUGAGUUUCUCAAGACCCAAACCUGAAGACGAACAUGUCCCUGUUGAAACUGAAUGCAAAGCAGAUCAGCUGGAAAUGGAAGUUGAGCCGAAAGGAGAGAUUAAAUCACCAAUAAUGACUUUGACAUCAUUUGGUGAGAUCCUCAAGAAUGUUGAUGUUGAAUUUGAUGUUCCAAAAGUGGAUGAAAAAGAUCUUGAAACAGAUGAACCCAGUGGAAAGCAGCUAGAGAAAAAAGAAAAGGAGACAAAUAGCAAGCAAGAUACUGUCAAAAGUCCUGAGAGGACAGGUUGGUUUAAAUUCCCCAAGUUUGGACUGUCCUCCCCAUCAGAACCUGCCAAGAUUUCUGAAAAAGAAGAGCACAAGGAUAAAAAGAGCUCAGCAGGGGAAACAGUGGAUGAGGAAAUUAGCCCUACCUGUUCUGUCCAGUCAUCGGAUGCCUUUGCUGAUAUUAGCUCUGCAAUGACAAGUGAGCAUGUCGGCCUGUCCUUAUCGUCUCCAACAAAGGUAACUGUCAAAUACUCUGAUCCUAACACUGCUACAGGAUUUGGAGAGAUGCACAGUAACAUCAUUACUUCCACCACAAGGACGGAGCUGAUUUCGGUUGAGCCCAACUUGCCUGAGAAAAUCACCAUUCCGUCAUCAGGAGUUUCAUCUUCAUCUGAAGACACGCUCAGACUGGAAUCUGGAAAAAUACACGUCAUUACUUCCAAUAUCCAAGCAACCCCAGAAGCACAGCAUGCCAAGUUACUGACUGCUGUCCAGGUCCAACCAGCUGGAGGCCUUCCCCUAAAAUCAGAGGCUCAUGAAACUACAUCGUGGACUGUCGAAGAUUCACAAAGCGGCACAAGAACAGUCUAUGAGAGGCAUUUAGUUAGGGAAACGUCAAGUGAAACAAGUGAAAGCAAAGGAAGAAUUGUUAUAACUAAACAAAUUACACAUAUGUUUGACUCUUCUGUCCCAGGUGAGACAGCUUCAUCCAUUCAACGACUGAAAGACUCUGUGCACUCUGAGAAAAUGAGGUUCUUUGAUGGAGCUGAAAAGUGAAAAAAAAUUAUUGUAAAUGAUGUCUAAAGAUACGAUCCCUCAUUGUCCAGCCUCAGUGGGCCGUGGAUUCUGAAUUUCACUGCCCAUAAGUCGCAUAAGUCCCUAAGUGACAGAAGGGUGAGACAGAAAACAGGUUGGCAACUGGAAAAGAUUGUUAGCAAGUUAACUUACCAAUAGGAUAAAUUUUGUCAGUUUUCAGGUCUCUGGUUGCAUGGGGUUGGUCUAUAAAAAGAUGAUUUAAUGUUAUUCAAACUAUGUGAUCAAGUUGUUAAUAAGCUUUGUAACUGAGUGCCCUUAAUGCAAAUUAUAAAAGAGCUUUCCUAAAUAUAAGUAAGCCAUGUCUUAUGCUUAUCAAAACUUAUAUAUUUGUUGUUUCAUAGUUUUUAAUGUACAACACUGAUACUUACUUGUAAUCUUAUUUGUCGGAUGAUAAUCACUAGUGCACUUGAUUUCAAAACAGCUGUUCUGAACAAGACUGUUGCAAAAAUCGAUCAAUGUUACUGACAGUCCAAACUAUGUUUACAACCAUUUCACUGUAAAAAGUUGACAGCAGAAAACACCUACAGCACAAUAGUGCAGUAUAUGACUGAAAAAUCAAUAUGUACGUUUAUCACCAAGAUAUUCUUGUUGCUGUAGCUGAAAUUGUCAAGAAACAAUAGCAAUGCAAAGCUGAAAUGAAAUGCUUAUGAUCAAACACAGCAAAUGCACUGCUGCGAGUAUAUUUUCUAUUAAUAUUUUGCUUAAAAAACCUAAUUUGCUACAGUAAAAAUAUAUCAACAGUAUGUAUCAGUGUACAAAGUGGGAAUAUUAAACGGGCUGUGUAAAUAGCUUUUAAUGAUCUCUGGAGUUGUGUUCGAUUAGGCCUACUGCUCCUCUUUGAAUUCUGACAGGCUUUAACUCAACGUGUUUGUAAAGAUAUACACAAUAAAUAAAUAUUAUUGCAAACCUG